AUGGCAGGAAAGAUCGAUGUUAACAACAAGGUCUACAAGCUGGCCGCCAUGCCCUUUAUUUUGGAGCGCAACGGCGAAUACGAUGAAGCUAUCAAGAUCUACAAGAGCGCCAUCACAGUUUUGGAUGAAGCAACUAAAAUGUACAAGAAAGGAAACGUCCUCAAAAUCAACAGAAAAAUGUUCGAGAGACAGGUCCAAGUUCAUCGAGAACGCCUAGCCUAUCUUGAAAAUCUAAAAAACAAGGGCAGUUUCGAUGGCAUAAUAUUGCCUCCGACGAUUUUGGACGCGAUGGAAGAAAUUGAGGACGAGGAUGGAAAGACUUCGUCUUUGACCCAAAUCCGUCGGGAUCUUAAUACUUUUCGCGGAGAUGACCCCAGUCAAGCCAAUGCUAUCAGCACAGCUCCGGCCCACCUCCAGCCAUUCCUCAAUGCCGACACCUCGCAGCGGCCCUUCUUUUCGCUGACCCUCUCUCCCUCGGCCCCCACGGUUACUUACCGCAUUACGCAUUCCUCGGAGCUUGUCAGCCUGGGGAUGCGCUCGCAUUGGUUUUUCGUCAAAGACGCGACCAACACACAUGUCUUGUAUGCCCUCCAAUUUGUCUGGAGCAACGAAGCGCCCAUUGUCGACACGGUCCUUCGACGCGCCGGGGAAUUCUUACCUCAAAUUGGAGCGACGAGUGUGAAACUACAAAAGACCAAAGGAGGAAGUUUCCGGCUGAUGACGCGGACAAUCCCCGAUAUGGGCGCAGUCACCGAGAUUCCGGAUGGAGAAAUGCAGCGAAAGGAUUGGUCCCCGCGACGAUUUGAGUAUGGGGGACGCAAUUUCGUUUGGAAGACCGCAGCGGCAGAGGGGAAGAAAGAGGGUGGGAUGUUUGGGAGCUUUGGUAUCGCUUGGGAGACUUUAUAUGAGACGAAGCGUGUGUGGGCCAAAAGUGGAAGUAGGACGGGGAAGAUGGAAGAUGAAAUUGUGGGUCCCAGGCUGUGCUGGGGAGAAAAGAAAGGGGGAAAUGGUGCUGAACACAGCAUUCACAUGGUCGGUGGCUUGGAUCUGUAUUUCAGAGAACAUCUGCUCGCGGUCCAGUUGUCGAGGUUGGCUCGUGUCAGCUAUCCCCCGCAAAAGGAUACCAAGGGGAUUGAAGUAGCAACAGCCGGUCUGGGUUGGCUGUCCAUUGUUUCGUCGUUGGCAUGA